AUGAUAUUCACAAAUAUAUAUAUUAUUAUAUAUUUGAUAACAUUUACAAUUGUUAUAUUUUCUUUAAAAUUACCAUCACCAGCAUCUAUACUAUAUUGUACUGGAUCUGAGACAAAAUAUUGCCCUUCACAAUUUUGUUAUAAUGCUUUAUCAUUAUUUAAUCAAAAGUAUACACAAGGAUGUGCCAAAAAAGAUGAAUGUACUCAAACUGGAUGUACUAUAAAAGAAAACAAUAAGUUUAUUUGUUGUUGUUCCACAGACAAUUGUAAUAAUUUAAAGAUGUCAACUCUUAAAAUAUACUUUCAAGAUUACAUGUCAUAUGAAGAAAAUAAUUUAGAGUAUUUCUCUAGAACUAUACGUUCAAAACCUCAUUUAAUUGAAGAUGAUGAAAUGAUAGAUGAUAAAUUGGAAAUUAAAGAUAAAAAAACAUCUGACAUCAUUGAGGAUGAGAAAUUACUACUUAAAAAUGAUGCCGUCAUCCAUAAAAUUAAAGAUCAUUAUUUUAAAAAUAUAGAAAUAAAUGAAGGUAGUGGAUUAGAGGAUACUAUUGAAAAUGUUAAAUCAUCAAAUAAUAAGGAUAUUUUAAAAAAAAUAAAGACAACUGCUGUCAUUGAUGAUAAAGACAAAAGUGUUACUGAGGCAUUGAUUAAUAAAAAUACUUUUAAUAAAGAAACCUCAGUUGAUGAUAUAAAUAAAAUAUCAGAGAAUGAAAAUGAUAACAAAACUAUUUCAAAUCGUUUUAUUACUAUGAUAGCAAAUUCUAAAAGAAGUGUUGCUACUGUUCGUGAAUUAAUAAAACCAUAUCCAUGGUACUUUGUUACAGCUGGAGGUUUUAUUUUAUCUCUUAUCACUAUCAUUUCAGUUUAUAUGAUAAUUAAAAAAGUCAAGCAACGUGAUAGUCACGAAGUAAUCAGUCAACAUAGCGAUGAUAAUGAAUUAGAAUUUAUUGAUAUAACAACAAAGAAAAAUGAAAGACAAAUUUUAAAAGAAAUUAAAGAUGAGGAAAAUAUUGAAUUAAUAAACAAAGAAUGA